AAGGGCUGCAGCUUCUUUCGGUUGUCGUUUGCAGAAUGAAGACCAUUCUCAGCAACCAGACCGUUGACAUCCCCGACCAAGUCAGUGUUUCACUGAAGGGCCGGACAGUCAUUGUAAAGGGCCCCAGAGGAACCUUGCGAAGGGAUUUUAACCACAUCAAUGUGGAGCUCUCCCUCCUGGGGAAGAAACAUAAGAAGCUACGUGUUGACAAGUGGUGGGGUAACAGAAAGGAGCUGGCAACUGUUCGCACAAUUUGCAGCCAUGUACAGAACAUGAUAAAGGGUGUUACACUGGGAUUUCGUUACAAGAUGAGGUCAGUGUAUGCUCACUUCCCAAUCAACGUAGUUAUACAGGAUAAUGGCUCACUUGUGGAAAUCCGAAACUUCUUGGGAGAGAAGUACAUUCGCAGAGUCCGGAUGAGGCCAGGUGUUUCCUGUGCAGUAUCUCAAGCCCAGAAAGAUGAGCUGAUCCUUGAAGGCAAUGACAUUGAAUUGGUCUCCAAUUCAGCUGCCUUGAUCCAGCAAGCCACUACAGUCAAGAACAAGGAUAUCAGGAAAUUCUUGGAUGGUAUCUAUGUCUCUGAGAAAGGAACAGUACAGCAGGCAGAUGAGUAAAACUCUAAUAGGUUG